AUGGUUCAAGAUGUUUAUCUUAAUGGUGGGUGGAGUUGGCCGGUUGCUUGGAGAGAUCUUUUUCCUGUGCUUAAUCAAAUUGACCACAUCCAUACUGUCCCUAGUUCGCGAGAUAAACUCCUAUGGAAGGAUGGUAAUGAUUUGUUUGAGCAUUCGGCUUCCCAGGUGUGGCAUUCGUUUCGGCAGAGGGAUCAAGAGGUUAACUGGGUGAAGUUUAUUUGGUUCCCUCAAUGUAUUCCGAAGCAUGCUUUUUUUAUGUGGUUGGUUAUUCGUCGUAAACUCUUGACUCAAGACAAAAUCCUACAGUGGGAUAUAUCAAGAAGGAAAAAUAUGAACAUGAUGUGUUGUCUUCUUUGUUAUGCGGAUAUUGACUCUCAUGCUCAUUUGUUUUUUGAAUGUUCUUAUUCAACACAAGUUUGGAGCACGGUUCGAAACAAAGGUGGUAUGGGAAACGUUGGGUCAGAUUGGGAUUCGAUCGUCAAUUGGAUGGCUGGUAGGUCGUGCUCAAAAUCGGCGGCUAACUAUAUUAGUAGAUUGGUUCUUGCUGCGGCUACUUAUUUUAUUUGGCAGGAAAGAAACGCGAGACUUUUCAAGAACCAGACAAGACCUCCGGAUGUUUUAUGUGAUACUAUUCUUCAUACGGUUCGAUAUAAGCUUAUGGGAGUGAAGUUAAAGGACACUGUGAAGGUGAGGGAGUUGCUUCGUGCUUGGGAGAUUUAUGAUACCCGUUUGUCUGAUGAUGGCGGCUGA